AUGAAGGUCCUCGUUCUUCUCGUGGCAAGCAUAGCAUUGUGUGCUGGCAAUGCCGUCCCUCUGGUUCCUGGCGAUAACAGCCACUACGUAGAGGGCGAGAGCCGCUACUUCUGGAUGCCGGAUGGAGAGGGCGUGCCCCAUUUGGUAGACCUUGAAGAGCCUGUCGAUCAGGAUAUGCUGAGUAUACGUAAUGGUGCAAAUAAUCAGUAUUGGCUGUUCACUAGACAAAACCCGAACAAUGCACAGGUUAUAGUAAAUGGCAAUGCAAAUAGUAUCUGGAACUCGAACUAUGCCAGCGGCAGACCUUUAAAGGUCAUUGUCCACGGAUGGAAUAGCGAUGGCAACUCGGCCAUAAAUCCUCUUGUCACCUCUGCUUUCCUUGCUGCGCAAGACGCGAACGUCAUCGUGGUAGAUUGGCGUGCUCUGGCUAAUUCAAACUAUUUGACUGCCACUAAUGGUGUGCCUGGAGUUGGACAGUUUCUUGGCAAUUUCCUCGUGUGGCUUAUCAAUACUGCUGGUGGAAACUGGAACAACGUACAUCUGGUAGGAUUUAGCUUGGGUGCUCACGUUGUAGGAAAUGCAGGUCGACAGGCUGGUGGACGGCCGGCUCGUGUAACUGGUUUAGAUCCAGCCGGUCCUAACUGGGUUGGAAAUUCCAAUGCUUUGAACAGGAAUGCUGGACAAUAUGUUGAAGCUAUCCACACUGACGGUGGCCUUCUUGGUAUAUUUAACCCAAUCGCAGACGCCGAUUUUUACCCUAACGGUGGCAGGAACCCUCAGCCUGGCUGCUGGGUUAGCACUUGUUCUCACAGUCGCGCAUAUGAACUAUUUGCAUCCAGUGUGCGUACUAAUCACUUCCAAGGUAGACAAUGUGGCAACAUCAACCAGGCAGAGAAUAAUCAGUGUGGCGGUAGUACUCUAAACAUGGGCAAUGGAGUCAUCUCUAAGAGAGGAUCCGGCCUCUACGGACUUUCUACUGGAGGAUCAUGGCCAUUUUAA